GCUUCACUGAUCCCCUCUCCCUCUACCAUCCCUGCUCGAAGUUGUCGUCGCCCGACACCGUGCCACUCACCGCCUAUCGCAGAUACAGCCCCAGUAGCAGUAGUGUCGCCGCUACCUGAGAUCGGCCAGCCACCACUUUUCUCCUCCUAAUUUACACCAUUGUCAUCGAUCGUCCGAUGUCAUGCCCUAGUUUUGGCUGCCACCGCCGAAUCACCAUUGUCACCGCCUCCUCCUCCUGAUCAUGGUGAGGUCUGCUCUCAAAGUCAAAGGAUUUAAUUUUGUAUAGAUCGGAGUGAAGGAAAGGACUGUGUGGUGCUACCUUGUCCAAUCUGUCCACUGCUAACUCCUCACAACCUAGUCAAUCCCUCUCCUCCCUCGACAUUGGUCAGAGCAAGAGGCCUACUAUGUGACUUCCCAGUUGUUGCACCCCUCUUCAGUUGUUGCUUCAUUUGAUGAGCCACUGCCAUCGACUCUCAGUUGCUUGUCGAGUUGCUUGUCGAUCUGCUGUUGGAGCAAUGAACGACCACCAAGGAAGGGGGAGCUCCACUUUCUCACAGCUUGAUCUAAGGUCUUCACUGAGUGGCUGGGAUUCUGAACUUGGGUAAGAUGUGCUUUGAACUAUGUUAAUUCUGGGGUGGUUAGCAAUUAGUCAUAAUAUUAAUGUGUGUUCAAUAAUUAGAUUGAUAUUAUGAUUGUUCAUGCACUGCAACAAAACUACACAAAGAUAAUAGUUUUAGAAAAAAUCAUUAAAAAUUUGGCAAAAGAUAACCAUUUUUGACAAAAUUAUUAUCUUUCAUGCAAUAGUUAUCCCAAAAGAACCGUUAUAACAACAGUUGAGACAUGAUUAAAUGAACCAUUGUAAAAGAGAAUACUUUUACCAUGCUUGGCACAACAGUGUAUAAAUCAUUGUCAUUGUGAUAAUAAGACAAUGGUAAACACCGUUGUUAAUGAAAUUAUUAACAUUGUGUUUUUUUCCGCCUUAAAACUCAUGCAUCGGGAACACUUAAAAAAAACGUAUAUUCUUUUUUUCCUCUUUCCUUCCUUUGUUCCUCAAUGCAAGAGGUGGAACGGACGGUGGAAGCAUUUAGUCCGAUGAAGGAAGAGAAGGUGGAGACAGAGAAAUGGGAGGUGAGGCCUAGCGGGAUGUUGGUUUAGAUGCGCGAUGCAUACAACGAUGAUGUCGGUGCACCUGUCCCCACCAUCCGUGUCAAGGUCAAAUACUAUGCCACUUACCACGAGAUUAACAUCAGUGCCCAGGACACCUUUGGGAAGAUGAAGAAGGAGCUAUUUGCCAGGAUGGGGCUACAUCCGCUCGACACGAAGCUGAUGUAUAAGGAAAACGAGAGCGCAUCGACGACUUUCCUCGAUGCUGUUAGCGUUAAGGACAGCUCUAUAAUACAAUUGAUGGAGGAUCCGAUGGCGAAGGCAAAGUGUCUCCUGGAGAUCACAAGACUGACAAAUUGGCAAGGUCGCAAAGUCUAUCUCUGUAAUCCGCCUCGAGGUCGACCGUCUUGCCUCCAAGGUGGAUGGCUUCCCGGGGCUCAAUCCAUUGAAUCAGGAAAAAAGUUGCUUUUAUUGAAGGAAAUUGUACAAGACCUUGAAUUAUUGGGCUCACCAUUGCUCUUGCUUUUAUGGUGGGUUGUCUUUUAUUCCUUGGAUUAUUGUUUGGAGGCAAAUAAAGGUUUCCCAGAGGUCCAAUCGAGCUUUUGUGAUAGCUGGUAAGGCAUCUUUCCAGUAAGUGCUUUGUCCUUCAUGAUGGCUCCUUCGUCUAAAGUCUGUUUCUUUAACUUGGCAGAUAAGCUCCAUCUCUCAGAGGUUGUUGAUGAUGUUGCGACUUGCCGUCCAUUCGAUGUCGGCCAUAUGAGAUCUUUUGUCGUGUUCCUCUGGGUGGAGGAUGCUCGUUCGUCCUGAGUUGGCCAACUAUGCGUAUUGUUCCAGGAGUGGAUAAGGCCCGCUAGGUGAUGGGAUGCCUUCAUAUUGGGCUUUGCCUGGAUUUGUAAUAGUGAUUCUUCUAUCUGGAUUAGUAGAAGAAGAUCCUUCUCCGUCGGAGUCCAUGGUCCUGUAAUAUGACAAACCAAUCAAGAGAGAGCGUCAGCAAGUAGGUUAUCUUUACCUUCGAUGUACUAGAAUUGAACAUCAAUGCCAAGUCCUGUGAUGUAGUCUGUAAAGGAUAACCAUCUGACCCUUGAUGGCUUGUUUUGUGCUAUUUUAU